UUGUCGCCAGCCUGGUAGCUUGUUGACAACAAUGGGCGAUAGUGAGCAGGUAGAGUGGAAGUUUAUGAAAUUAUACCUUACCGAUAUUGUAAAAACUAUUUCGAAUAAAUCUGCUACACGGAGGUCGAAAAGAAAACCGGUUUCCUAUCAUGAAGAACAACAGCCAGAGGUGGCCACUCCUCAAAGCUCUGAGAGGCAGCUGAGAUCUCCUCAGAGAAACUCCCGGAGGCAAAGUCCCAGGACGCAUUCUAAUGUUCUAAAAGAACAAGAGAGGGGCUUUUCUCCCGUGUCUGGUUCUGGGGAGGAGAGCGACAAGGAGGCCUCCCCACCGAAAAGGAGGAACAGAAUAAGCAGCUCCAAAAAGACAAGAACAAAGUCUCCCUCAAAGGAUUGUGAUGACUGUUCAGGGGCCGAGCCUGGUGAACACCUAGAAGAGAGCACAAAAACAAAAUGUAAAUAUAGCAACUCAAAAAAGAAAAGGACCAAUAUUUGCUGCAAUGAGGAGGAUAAUGACAAUUUGUCAGAUGAACAAACUGUGGUGGCUUCCCCCAGAAAAAGGAGGCAACGUAGUGACUUCAAUGUAUUUGAAGCGGAGCCUGAGGAAGUUGUGGAGGAGGAAACUGAAGUGGCCUCUGCUUCUAAGAGGAGGAAGCAGGGCAGCCCCCUAAAAAGAACUAUGCCUCGUGGAGAGGACAAAGCUGAAAGUGAUCAUUAUGAAUUGGUAGAACAGGCUGAAGAAACUCCCCCUAGAAAAAAACGUAGCAAGUCUAAAAAGGUAAGAACCAGGACUCACUCCGAAGACAUGGUGGAAGUUGAAAGUGCCCACUUCAAGAUGGAAGAACACGCUGCAGCUGAAGACACUACCCUCAGAAAAAGACAGAGGAGGUCUAAGGACCUAAGUGAGGAGAGUGACCAAGGCUCCCAGACUGAGCCUAAAGACUUAAGUGAAGAGGAGUGGCACUGUUCUGACCAUUCAGAGAAGGAGACUGAACAGGAGAUGUUACCUGCAAAGAGAAAAAGAGGACCCAAGAGCAAGAACACAAUGAAGUCAGAUUCUGAAAACGUCACUGUUAAAAAGCGAGGCAAAAAGCAAGGUGCCACGGGUUUGAAGGCACCAAGAAUAAGAUUCACACCACCUAUAGAGAAAAGGAUAAGGGUGAAAACACUUCAUAAUUGCAGAUUCUGUGAAAAGGUCCUGCCAAACAGGGCUGCGCUGAGUAGGCACCUUCAGCAUCACACAGGGGAGAAGCCUUACCACUGUGAAGAGUGUGGCAAAGACUACGGCAGCAAAACCACCCUGAAGAUUCACAACAUGCAGGUUCACCACAAGGGGACAAAGGACUUCAUAUGCAAUGAGUGUGACCAACAGUUUACCCACCUCACAUACCUCAAACGCCACAUGUACUCCCACACGGACAAGGACAAGAGGCCACACCUGUGCAAUGUGUGCGGGAAGCAUUUUAUCCAGAAGUCCCACCUGGACCGCCACAAGAUGAUUCAUACCGGAGAGAAACCAUUCAGCUGCGAACACUGCGCCAUGGCCUUCAAUCGGCCGGAGUACCUGCGGAUGCAUCUGAAGUUACACGUGUCGGGUAGUGAGGGGCCAAAUAUGGCAGAGCAAGAGAAGACGAAGUGCACAGAGUGCAACAAGAGUUUUGUCAACCCGAAGUACCUCAACAUCCACAUGAGAAUGCACACUGGGGAGAGGCCAUACAAGUGCGAGCACUGUGCCAAGAGCUUCACCCAGACCAGUAUUCUCAACGCGCACCGACGUACGCACACCGGAGAAAAGCCACACAAGUGUAAGGUGUGCGGCUGCUGCUUCACCCGUCGCAAGUACCUGGAGGAUCACAUAGGCAGAAAGCAUGGGUCUUUACAGCAAAUGAAGGAACAGCAGGAUGAACAAUGACAACACUGGGUGUUGUGUGGUAAUGUAAUGUUAUGUUACGGUGGGGUCUGGCAUUGUUGGAUGCCUUGAUAAAGAUGAGCAAAAAAGACUGUAUGAAAUAAAUAAUACAAAAACUGAGCUAUAUUGUAUGCAACAUUUUUGUAUUUAUUUUAGGGAUGGAUCCACAUUUACAUAAUGGGUACCUGGAGGAAUGCUUUUUACAUUUCAGUCCAGAGGAGUGUUUAUUAUUAUUUUUAAAUCUAGUUCAGGGGACAUUUUUUGUCAUUUGUAAUUGAUGAAAUGUCUGUAUUUCUCAGUGUUUUAGAAUGAGUUGCUUAUAAGUGUAUAUAUGGACAUGUGCCCGAUGCCGCCCCUCAUCUCUGAUUCUCUGCUGGGCGUGCAAUAUCAAGUGUGCCUCUAGGCUAUUUAGUGUGGUCUCAAUCAAAUGAUCCAUACACUAUAGGCUACGAAGUGCAUGCUGGGAGAAGCAGAGAACAAAGUUAUGUUUCUAAGGUAGCUGCUGGGAUGGUUUAAAUAAAACUAGACUGCAUUAGACACUGCAGUGGAUAUUCCAACCCUGAGCCCCGACCUGCUCUUAUGGCUGUGUUGUUUAGGCAUAUGGUUCUUCCGAUUUUGUUGUUGUUGUUGUUGAUUAGGUCUAGUAAAAAUCCUUCGCCUGCACUUAUGGACUGCCCUCUUCAAUUCAAACCACAGGUUUUCAAUCGGGUUCAAGUCUGGAGACCUGAUGUUGAUUUUGUGGUCAAUUACCCAUUUCUGAGCGGAUUUUGAUGUGUGCUUGCGGUUAUUGUCUAGCUGGAAGAUCCAGUUGCGGCAACCAGCUUUUUUGGCUAAAAUGUCCUGGUCCUUGGUAAAGUUCAUGAUGCCGUUGACUUUUACAAGGACCAGUGGAAGCAAUAUAGUCCCAUAACAUCAAAGUUCCACCACAGUGUAGUCCAUAAGCGCAGAUGAUGGAUAUCAAGGAUCUGUGAAGAUUCUGUAUGGAGGAAUGGUAUAAGAUCCCUCCCAACGUGUUCUCCAAUCUCAUAAAACAUUUUAGAAGAAGGCUCAGUGGUGUUGUCCUAGCAAGGGGAGGGUGCUGGAUUAUUUAAAACAGGGGAUCCAAUCAUUUUGAUCCCUAUCUUUUUGAGAUUUUUUUAUAUGUUAAACAAUCUCUUUCUCUGAGCAAAUGUAUUAGUAUAAAAUAAUAUCCAUUUUCAUUUUUUUAGUAUACUAUAUAGUUCAGUAUUUGUAUUCUUUUUUUAUAGUCUUUUUUGUUCAUCUUUGUCAAGGGAUCCAAUAAUUCCAAACUCCUCAGUAUGUAGAGAAGCUCAGGCCAGGCUGAACUGUUGCCUGCGGUCUGUCUUGUGAUGCUGCAGAAUGUUAGUUUCCUGUCAUGCCAUAACAAAAUUACUCUAUUGGCUUUAUAGUGGUGCCCAUUCUGAAAAUGGAUAUGUAGACUUAAAGAUCAUUCAUUUGAGUCCUCAAGUGAUCUUUGAUGAUACACACAAUUGUAAUGUUUUUAUUGGUUUUCCAUACAGUGCCCUCUGUAAUUAUUGAGACAGUGAAGCAUUUUUUUUCUUCAUUUUGGCUUUAUACUUCAAAAGUUUGGAUUUGAAAUCAAACAAUGACUACGAGGUUAAAGUGCAGUCAGCUUUAUUUUUAGAUUUUUUUUUCAUCCAUAUCUUGUGAACCGUUUAGAAAUUACAGCACUUUUUGUACAUAGUCACCCCAUUUUAGGGGAGCACUAAUGUGUAUUGAAGUAGUAAAAAGUUGAGUAUUUGGUCCAAUAUUCAUAGCACGCAAUGACUACAUCAGGCUUGUGACUACAAAUUUGUUGGGGGAUUUGCUGUUUGUUUUGGUUGUGUUUCAGAUUAUUUUGUGCCCAAUAGAAAUGAAUGCCAAAUAAUGUGUUGUCAUUUUUUCAUUUUUUUGGAAAGAGCCUGUGAUAUCGCUUCCACUUUUGGACGUUAACAAGGCGACACUCCAUUUUAACUCCUCCCUCCACAUUUACUGGAUUGGUUGAACAGUUCAGAAGAGAACCUCCCCCGACAGUUCUUUUUAUUUUCUUCUGAAGACCAGUAUGUAGGGGAUCUUGUUUCAGGCAUUUCUUUUAUACCUGCUACAUUAGGUUAGGUCAGAGCCAGCCUACAUGAAGACAUUAUCAACUUUGAUACUCUGAUUGGUUACAUUUGUUAGAGACCACUCGAUCGCUGACUAAUUUGUUUUGCACAACGUCCCUCAAAUGACUUCUAGGAUGGCAGUUUCAGACUUAAUGUAGCGAUUGAUAGAGCAGAGGAAAUAAAGUAUUGGUGAGUCGUCAGGUAAAGUAUACUGCAUUAUAUGCAUAAUACAAUGUGAAGUAAUCCCUUCUACAAUAAAUACAGUACAUUCCCAAUACAAA